CUAAGGAAGAAUGCCGUAAAUAGAAAAAAAAAAAAAAUGAGAUUAUUCUGUAUUACGUUUAAAAUUACAGUUUUACACGUUGUUUUUAAGUAAAAAUGCCGUAACUAUGGUUAUUCAUCGAGAUAUGUGUGCUUAUAAGAAACAAAUAUUGCCGCAAUUGUAAUUAAAUAUAAUCGAUGCUUAGCAAAAACGCCGUAAUCACAGUUUGCUAGGGAAGAUUGCCGUAUCUUUUUCUAAAAUACGGCGUUUUUACUUAGCACUUCAUUAUAAUCUAUAUUUACGGCAUUGUUGUUUAGAAAACUGGUCGUCAAUAAGCCGUAUCUUAUAAUUUAAUUUUAAAUUACUGAUAAUGUUUGGAGUUUUGCUGUUGUACACCAUACACAUUCUAUAUUUCGUUCAGUUAUCUAUGAUAUAUCGUCGUGAAUUGACGAAGUACAAUUUUUAUUUUUGCAAUGAAUGCACAACAUGAAUUUGUUUAUGACCCAAACAUAAAUGUUAUACCAGGUUCACCAGACUCAACAAUUACAAUUGCAUCAGACUUAUUAGAUGGAAUUGAAGAACUCAUUCAAGAUGAUAAUGAAUCCGUCGUAAAUAAUAUAUCAGAGUUACCUAUUUAUUUUGAUGAUGGUGUUGUGGUUAACAAUGAAGUAGAGCUUUUCACGAAAUCCGGGGAACUUAGGAAAAGGAAAAAAUAUUUAACGAGUGUAGAAAUGCGAAAAAAAAUAAAACUAGACUUAGAAAAAGAUCGGCACGGGGUGUUACCAGGCUGCGAUAAAGAAAAUUGCCAAAAACAGUGCUAUAGAAAAAUUACAGAAGAAAGACGAUUUGAUGUGAACUUUCAAUAUUGGAAUAUGACCUGGAAGGAACGUAGAGUUUUCAUAUUGAGUACGUGUCAAUGCGUGGAUGUCAAAACACGUAAAAAUACUGAACUGACUAACCGCAAAAAUGCUUUAAAAUUUUAUAUAACUGAUGAACAAGGUAUCAAAAUACAAGUAUGCAAACCCUUUUUUUUUAACCACUUUAGGCUUUAAAAAAACAAAUGAUAGAGUUCUAGAUAUAUUAAGACAUUAUCCCAAUGGUCAAGUAGAAGCUCCAGAUGAUCUUCGUGGCAAGAAACCGACUAAAAAGUAUUUACAUCAACAUUUAAUAGAAGACCAUAUCGAGUCAUUUAACCCGACUGUAUCACACUAUCGGCGUGAGCAAGCUCCAAAUAUUCGGUAUUGACUUAAAAAUGUAUAAUGACUAGAUGACUUUGAUUUCAAGAUAAAGAUAUUGUAAUUACUUUCAAAUUGUGUUAUAAAUUAAAACUAAAAAUUAGUAUUGAUAAUAUACGGCGUUA